UCAACAGUCUGUGUCUAUGCUCUCAAAGUGUGCGCAAAAUUAGAUGACAUUUAAUGAUUUGAUAAGAUUUUAUUGGCUCUGAAAAAAGUUUUUAGAUAAUAGUCUCACAAUUGAAUAGUAAGAGAGAGAGAAACUCAAUGGGAAUAUAGGGAUUAUAACAGACUUAACGAUGAACUCAAAAAAUUAUUUUAUCUAUAAUAACAAUAAUAAUAAUAUUAAUUUAACUAAUAAUAAUAAUAAUGUAUAUCUUCGGCGAACUAAUAGUGUGACCAGACUUUCGGAGAUAAAAGAUUUGGAAAAGAAGAGUCGUCGGGAACAAGCGGAUCAACCUGUUCACGAACCCAAAGACUCAUUGUUCAGCUCUUCCAGCGGUUACACCAAUUAUAGAGGACUUCUUAAUCUAUGCAUAAUUUUAUUAGUCUUAUCAAACGCGAGGGUCGCUCUCGAAAAUAUUAUCAAAUAUGGUAUUCUUGUAGAUCCUGUUCAAUGGAUCAAAAUAUUUAUCGGUAAACCAAACGCAUGGCCUUCGUGUCAAUUGAUAUUAAGUGUCAAUAUCUUCAUAUUAAUUUCUUUCGUAUUGGAGCACAUAUUUGCAACAAAAUUAUGGCGCGAAAGAACUGGAAGAAUAUUAGUAAUGCUAAACAUAGCGACUAUUUUAUCUUUGCCGCCGAUUGUCAUCAAUUCCGUUCACUGCAAUCCAAUCGGUGCCUCAAUAGCUUGUGGUCUCUAUUCAAUAAUUAGCUUAAAACUAGUAUCUUAUCAUAUGGUCAACUACUGGUGCAGAAAACACAAGCUCUGCACCAAAAAAUUGUCAAAUGCCGGCCCACAUACUCGGCGUCGAUCGUUCAGCUCUAAGGAGAUCCAGAAGUUGCAUCAAAACGGAUCAACAAAUAAUGAUUCAAAACAUCCAUUAGUUGAAUAUCCAAAUAAUUUGAAUUUAGUUGAUUUGUAUUACUAUAUGUUUGCUCCGACUCUCUGUUAUGAAUUAAAUUUUCCCAGAAGUGAACGGAUCCGUAAAAGAUUUCUUAUUAAAAGAAUACUUGAAAUCCUAUUUCUGCUUCAACUAAAUCUCGGUCUAAUCCAGCAAUGGAUGGUUCCCACCAUAAGUAACUCAUUCAAACCGUUACAAGAAAUGAAUUUUACAAAAAUGUUGGAAAGACUAUUGAAACUAGCGAUCCCAAACCAUAUAAUUUGGUUAAUAUUUUUUUACUGGUUUUUUCAUUCGUGUCUCAAUACAAUCGCCGAAAUUUUGCGUUUCUCUGACCGCGAGUUUUAUCGCGACUGGUGGAAUGCCGAAUCAGUUAACUAUUUUUGGCAGAACUGGAACAUACCGGUCCAUAAAUGGUGUGUCCGACACCUAUACAAACCAUUGAUAGCCAAAGGUGUCAACAAAUUUCACGCAUCUGUCUUAGUAUUCCUAUUGUCGGCAUUUUUUCACGAAUACUUAGUAUCGGUUCCGUUAUCUAUGUUUCGUUUGUGGGCCUUCUUCGGUAUGUUAUCCCAAAUACCAUUCUCUAUGUUUGUCUCCAAAUAUCUUAACAAUCAAACGGCAAAUAUAGCCGUUUGGAUCUCAUUAAUCAUUGGACAACCUCUAUGUAUACUAAUGUAUUAUCACGACUACUAUGUUAUACAUCACGUCAAUAAAAAUAAGUGACCACUUCGGCUAUAAGCACAAUAUUG